AUGAAAUUGCCUCCUUUCGAAGUAAUCCUCACAUGGCCCAAGCCAAACUACGCCAACCCUGUGACACGCGGCGAUGCACUCCUCAUCGUCAACUCCAUACUCAUCGCGCUGGUAGUGAUAACUGUUGGGCUGCGCAUGUACACGCGUAUAAUCAUCAAAAGGUGGUUUGGGCUCGAUGAUGUUUUCAUCCUACUUGCGUUGGUCUUUGCCGUUGGGUUGACUGCUGUCGUUUUGUUGGCAAAUCAGCGGUAUGGCUGGGACAGACACCUCUACGACAUACCUCUCAACAAUCUUACGCCAACCUUGAAGAUCGCUAUGGCUGCCAAAGUGGUGUUCACGGGAGCCGCAACAUUUACCAGGUUGUCUCUCCAUUGCUUCUACUAUCGCUUGGUCGCCGACACAGGGAAAACUUGGUUCAAGUGGUGUAUCCACCUUAAUGUUGCCUACACCCUUGGGAUCUUCAUAUCAUUCCCGUUCAUUGCGGUCUUCCUAUGCACACCGGUCUCGGAUUAUUGGGUGAUAGGCUCGCCGGCUGACAGCUGUAUGAACGAAGGCACUGUAACUCUCAUCUGUGGAAUCAUCAACUGUGUCGCCGACUUCGCGACCACAGUGACCCCGAUCCCACUCAUCCUGGGUCUCCACAUGCCCCGCCGCCAACGCCUCGCUGUCGCUUGUCUCUUUGCUAUGGGAAUCAUCGUUACUGUUGCAGGUAUUGUCCGGACUUGGUACAUUUACAAGUCAUUGGUCACGACUUACGAUAACACUUGGUAUGCGUACCCUCUCUGGAUCGCUGCUGCAGUGGAAAUAGACCUCGGCGUUAUCUGCGCAUCAGUCCCAGUCCUAAAGCCGCUGCUUUCGAAGAUCCCCUUCAGUCUGUCCGGAACGUUCUCAGGCGGCAUCUCGCUAAAGAAGAGGUUCACCAGCUCCGGCUACAACUCGAAGGCAUCCAAGACGUCGACCACAACUGCUGAAGGCUCACGAAGCAACCCGAGCGCAUCGAACCUCUCAUCGAAGCGAAGAUCAGAAGCGAUUCGGGCUGCGCCAGACCUCGACCAAGACCAAGGCAGAAGCUACGAGCUGAAGAACUGGGACGAAGAACGCGCCAUCUCAAGUCCCGAGCCUCUCGAUCAGACAAGAAGGAGUCAAAGCCAGGAAGCUAUACUCAGGCCAGAAACCAACGAAGAAACAUCAAAAGGAGGAGGGUUCCAGAAGAUCUGGCAAAAGAUGCGAUCCGGGGAAUCGGAAUCGUCAGGAUCGAACGAGGACAUGACGAUCAAAAUGACUUCAGAAGUCGAGCUCUCGAAUGAGCCAGCAAGCGCAUAUAACUCAAAACGCCACUCUCGGCACAAGGACGUCUUCAAGCAGCAUCGCGCCACAAAAGACCACACGUCACCGUCACCGACUCCCAAGGACAGAUGGAUCUGA